GUGUUCUGCUCUUCUUCUUCUCCCCUGCACCGAACAAGGAAGCCCAGCCACUGACGCCCCCCCUUGCAAAAAGAAACCGGUAAAGCUUGAUGAUUUUCCCUCCUUUCUUGUUCAAGAACCAACUUAGGACUUAGAAAUCUUCCCCUUUCAGGAAAAUUUUCCAGAUCUGCUCGGUUUCUCCCCCUCCCCUGUCCGCGAGCUGCAGCUUAUGAUGCGAAUUUCUGGGCUUUUUCCGCCCCGUGAGCUUCCCCUCCAAUUCCCGUCGGCUCCCUCAAACCCGCCAGCUCUGGUUUGCUUGCUGAAAAUUCCUGGUAUGUGAUAGCUCCAUUUAAGUCCCAAAUUACCCAUUUACUUGUUGCUUGUUGAAGUUUAAUCCACUUACUGCUACCCCUUGUGUUGUCCGAAUUUUCUGUUGAAAAAGGGAUAAAUUCCGGCAGCCUUUGAACAUGUUUUAAGUUUAAUUCAUGUAGAAAAUUAGCUUAUUUUGGCUGCUGUGAUUUUUGGAGAAAACCCCGUGAUUUGCUAUUGUUUUGCCAAAGUUCGGGUUCUCCCUUUUCUGUAUAUGAAUUUGGAAAAUUUGGUAUAUAUGUGUUGUGUAUAAUUAAAUCAAUAAUUGGAAUAAAAGCUGGGUUUUCCC